ACUCUGCUGCCGCGGCUGCCGCGGCUGCCGCUGUUGCCGCUGCUGUCGCUAGUGCCGCUGCCGCCGCCGCGCGCCGUUCAGUGCCCGCCGGAGGUGCUGCUCGCCGGAGCGCUGCGACCGCCGUCGGCUUCCCGGACCCCCGCUGGAACGCACCGCCUUGCCCUUGCCCUGCCCCGCCCGGAUCAUGCGGGGAGGGCCCGGAGGUGGAGCGGACGAAGGACCGGCCUGCGGCCACCGCGUUUAAGGGACUGGUGCUGGGGGCGGGGGGAGCGACCCCGUGUGUGAGUUGCUGCCCCCUUUCCCGCUGCCAUGUGCCGCCGCCUCUCCGGAUCUCAGCCUGUCGCCAAACUUUGCCGGUGCCGAGCGCGGCGCUGAGUCGCAUUUCUGAACCGGGUGUCCCAGGCACGGAAAGGACUCUCGGGCUGGCCGCGGACUCCGCCGUCUUCGGGACCCGCGGAGAGUACUUCCCCCGGAAUCCGAGCUCCGGCCGGCCCUCCCCUCCCCUGCCCUGCUUUGCCCGGAGCCGAGCGCGGCCGGAACAGCUUUGGAAAAACAGUGCGUCUCGGGACGGGAUUCUUCGGAGAGAAAAAGAAACCAACAGGUUGCCGGCCCCGGCGCCACCCGGAGUCGGUCCGCGGAAGGGAAAGCGCCCGAGCCCCGGGUUUUCUCCUGCCUGCGCUGGCCCCGCUCAGGCUGCGGGCGGCGAGGGGAGGGAGGGGGCGAUGGCUCGGCCUGACCGGUCCGCGUCGCCCUCGCUCCUGCUGCUGCUCGUGGCGCAGCUGGCCGGCCGGGCGGCGGCCGCCUCCAAGACCCCCGUGUGCCAGGAAAUCACGGUGCCCAUGUGCCGAGGCAUCGGCUACAACCUGACGCACAUGCCCAACCAGUUCAACCACGACACCCAGGACGAGGCGGGCCUGGAGGUGCACCAGUUCUGGCCGCUGGUGGAGAUCCACUGCUCGCCGGACCUGCGCUUCUUCCUGUGCUCCAUGUACACGCCCAUCUGCCUGCCGGACUAUCACAAGCCGCUGCCGCCCUGCCGCUCGGUGUGCGAGCGCGCCAAGGCCGGCUGCUCGCCGCUCAUGCGCCAGUACGGCUUCGCCUGGCCCGAGCGCAUGAGCUGCGACCGCCUCCCCGUGCUGGGCCGCGACUCCGAAGUCCUGUGCAUGGAUUACAACCACAGCGAGGCCACCACGGCCCCGCCCCGGGCCUUCCCGGCCAAGCCCACCCUCCCCAGCCUGCCUCGGGGGCCGGCCUCGGGGAGCCAGUGCGCCUCCGGGGGGCCGUCCGUGUGCGAGUGCCGCGAGCCCUUCGUUCCCAUCCUCAAGGAGUCGCACCCGCUCUACAACAAGGUGCGCACCGGCCAGGUGCCCAACUGCGCCGUGCCCUGCUACCAGCCGUCCUUCAGCCUCACCGAGCGCACGUUCGCCACCGUCUGGAUUGGCGUGUGGUCGGUGCUGUGUUUCAUCUCCACCUCCACCACCGUGGCCACCUUCCUGAUAGACAUGGAGCGCUUUCGCUACCCCGAGCGCCCCAUCAUUUUCCUGUCGGCCUGCUACUUGUGCGUGUCGCUGGGCUUCCUGGUGCGCCUGGUCGUGGGCCAUGCUAGCGUGGCCUGCAGCCGCGAGCACAGCCACAUUCACUACGAGACGACAGGCCCCGCGCUGUGCACCGUGGUCUUCUUGCUGGUCUACUUCUUCGGCAUGGCCAGCUCCAUCUGGUGGGUCAUCCUGUCGCUCACCUGGUUCUUGGCAGCUGGCAUGAAGUGGGGCAACGAGGCCAUCGCGGGCUACGCGCAGUACUUCCACCUGGCCGCGUGGCUCAUCCCGAGCGUCAAGUCCAUCACGGCGCUGGCCCUGAGCUCCGUGGACGGGGACCCCGUGGCGGGCAUCUGCUACGUGGGCAACCAGAACCUGAACUCGCUGCGGGGCUUCGUCCUGGGCCCCCUGGUGCUCUACCUCCUGGUGGGCACGCUCUUCCUCCUUGCUGGCUUCGUGUCGCUGUUCCGCAUCCGGAGCGUCAUCAAGCAGGGCGGUACCAAGACGGACAAGCUGGAGAAGCUGAUGAUCCGCAUCGGCAUCUUCACGCUGCUCUACACGGUGCCCGCCAGCAUCGUGGUGGCCUGCUACCUGUACGAGCAGCACUACCGGGAGAGCUGGGAGGCGGCGCUCACCUGCGCCUGCCCGGGCCCCGACGCGGGCCAGCCGCGCGCCAAGCCCGAGUACUGGGUGCUCAUGCUCAAGUACUUCAUGUGCCUCGUGGUGGGCAUCACGUCGGGCGUGUGGAUUUGGUCGGGCAAGACGGUGGAGUCGUGGCGGCGCUUCACCAGCCGCUGCUGCUGCCGCCGCCCACGCCGCGGCCACAAGAGCGGCGGCGCCACGGCCGCGGGGGACUACGCCGAGGUGAGCGCGGCGCUCACCGGCAGGACCGGGCCGCCGGGCCCCGCCGCCGCCGCUGCCGCCGCCGCCGCGGCCGCCGCCUACCACAAGCAGGUGUCCCUGUCGCACGUGUAGCAGCGGGGAGCCCGGCGGGAGCGCGGGAGGGGCGGCCGGGCGCCCGGCCUCGCCAAGGUCACUUCCGUUUACAGCUUCUUGGUGCUCAUGCCCCCUCCUGGGGCACCUUGGAGAGAGGAA